GCCACACCCUCCUCAUCCUCCACGAAGUCCAGGCUCACACUGAAACUGGGUUACACAGAGCAAUGACUGGCUUCAUUGAGGGAAUUGAGAAAUUUGACAGUCCUGGAAAGGGACGAGGUCUCCGGGUUACAAGGCCUUUUAAAGUCGGCGAACUCCUGUUUUCCAGCCCGGCGUAUUCUUAUGUCCUGUCAGUCAACGAGAGAGGCAACAGCUGUGAUUUCUGCUUCAACAGGAAAGAAGGUCUGGCAAGAUGUGGGAAGUGCAAAAAAGCUUUCUACUGCAAUGCAAAGUGCCAGAAAGGAGACUGGGCCAUGCACAAACUGGAGUGUUCAGCUAUGAAUGCAUUUGGAGAGAAUUGGUGUCCGUCAGAGACGACCCGCCUGGUGGCUCGCAUCCUCGCCAAGAAGCAGAAAAUGAUGAAAGAGCGAUGUGUUUCAGAGAAGCUGUUACUAAUUGAAGAACUGGAAUCACAUCUAGAGGAUGAAGACAAUGAAAAAAGAGAGAGGACUGAGGCUGAUAUUGCUGGACUCCAUCGAUUUUACCCCAAACACUUGGAGGUGCCUGACAGAAACGACUUGCUUACACUCUUUUCUCAGGUUGCCUGUAAUGGUUUUACAAUAGAAGAUGAUGAACUUUCCCACAUUGGAACCGCAGUGUAUCCAGAUGUGGCGCUUAUAAACCACAGUUGUCUUCCUAGCGUCAUAGUCACGUAUAACUGCACGUCGGCUGAAGUCCGGGCGGUGCAGGACAUGAAGCCUGGAGAUGAAGUUCUCAUAAGCUACAUAGACCUCCUAUAUCCAACUGAUGAUCGAAACAUCAGGCUGAGGGAGUACUAUUACUUCACCUGUGACUGCUUGGAAUGCAAAACCAAGUCUAAAGAUGAGGAAAAGUUGAAAGUUCGUAAGCAGAGAGACCCAUUCGAGCCACAUGUGGUCAACAACAUGAUCCGUUAUGCCAGGAACACAGUCAGGGAAUUCCGGGCCCUUAAGCACAUCAGAACGCCUAGUGAGCUGUUGGAGAUGUGUGAGCAGAGCUUGGAGAAAAUGGGAGCUGUGUUCGAUGACUCCAACGUCUACAUGCUCCACAUGAUGUACCAGGCCAUGGGGGUUUGCAUUUACAUGCAGGAUGCAGAUGGAGCUAUUCGAUAUGGCCAGAAGAUCCUAAAACCUUACAGCAAGCUCUACCCCCCCUACUCGCUGAAUGUUUCCUCUAUGUACCUGAAGAUGGGUAGAAUCUACAUGAUGAUAGAGCGCCACUCUGAGGGCAUCAGGGCUCUCAAGAAGGCCAUGGCUGUGAUGAAGGUGGCCCAUGGAAAGGAUCACCCUUUCCUCAGAGGCCUGCGUAAAGAGAUUGGACAAAAGUGAAGAAAGCUUUGUGACUUUUUUUUAUCCAAACUUUGAAGAGCAGGGAGAUUUGUUUUAAUGUUAAAGAAAGUUACAAAAACAACAAAUUAUGUUUUACACAGUUAUCUAGCUGUAUAGCUGUAUACCACUGUAAAGAUUUGAAGGAGUAAAAGUGUUUUUAUUACACAUAUUGCACUGGAGGAGAAUAGUUUUCAAUGUUAAAACCGUUCAAGUAGUCAGUCUGUUUUGUUAUACAGGACACACUGGCCACAUCUGAAGGGGAGGUAAACAAACCCAAUGUUUGUUAAAUGACAUGCAUUUAGUUUUCUUGCAAAUGAGUUGAGGGUGAAUGCUCUGCUGAUUUAGGGCUUAUAGGGUGUGGAGGAGUAAAAGGGGAUGCCCACCCAGGGGGGCAUUUAUGCAUCAACCUCUAUUGCUUCUUAUGAUAAAACAGUUAAAAAGAAAUAAAUAUGUUUUCUUUUUCAUUUACCGGUAAUAAAAUCUUCAACCAUUUAA